AUGGCAGCCAAUAACAGCACAGGCGGUGUAGCAACUAGUGAGGGAGGUGGGUCCAAUACUGGUGGGGCCGAGAGUGGACUUGGUGGGGCCACGUUGAAGAAAGGGCCAUGGACAGCGGCUGAGGAUGCAAUUCUGGUUGAGUAUGUGAGGAAACAUGGAGAAGGGAACUGGAACGCAGUGCAGAGAAACUCAGGCCUGGCUCGUUGUGGCAAAAGCUGUAGGCUCCGUUGGGCUAACCAUCUUAGGCCUAAUCUUAAAAAGGGUGCUUUUACUCCUGAGGAAGAGAGGCUCAUUCUUGAGCUCCACGCUAAGUAUGGCAACAAAUGGGCUCGCAUGGCUGCUCAGUUACCUGGACGAACAGACAACGAAAUCAAGAACUACUGGAACACCAGAGUUAAGAGGCGCCAACGCCAAGGCCUUCCUCUCUAUCCCCAUGACAUUCAACCAUCCUCUCAAACCCAAAGCCCAAACCAAACCCAAACCCAAACCCAACUCCAACUCCAACACCAAUACCAAUCCCAAUCCACACCCACCACUCCCACCACCCCAACAGCCCCAACCACACCCACCACACCCACCACCCCAACUUUCCAUUUCCAAUCUCACGCUCACCACCACCCUUCUUUCUCUCUUUCCCCAACUCCACCACCACCACCUCCAUCUCAUCACCAACACCAACAUCAACAGCACCAACACCAUUCUUUUUCUCUCUCUCCUUCCAAACCACAACACUUCACCACCAACACCUCAACCUCUCUUCCUCUCUUUGACCCAACCAACAACUCAAACACCAACACCACUCCUUCCUCCUUCACUUUCCAUCGCCCCCCUCCUAUUCUUGGUGCCCCAAUUCGCUUCAAGCGCUACCGUGAAACCACUGGUUUUUCUCUUCCCUUGUCACCGGCACCACAUACCACCACCACCACCACUACUACUACUACUAAUAAUAAUAAUAUGAUCACUUCUCCUACAAGUAUCACGCCUCUUGGCCAGCUUUCAUCGACCCAAUUGCCUGAUAUAUCUUGCUUUAAGUUUCCACUGACUUAUAGCCACAGUGCACCUCAACUUAUUAGCACUCAGUUGGAACUAGACCAAAUGAUGUCGGCUUAUUCGAUGAAGCAAGAGCUCCCUUCAAGCCAGUUGUCACCCCAACAUCAUCAUCCUCCUCCUCCUCAUCCUCCUCCGCCUGCCACAACCAUGUCAGAGAUUACUAUUGAUACCAAGGUAAGUGCAGCUGCUGCAAAUCGAGGCUGUGGUAAUGGGUUGUUGGAGGACUUGUUAGAUGAGGCUCAUGCAUUGGCAAUUUCCAACCAGGGUUUAAGGACGCAAAGUUUCUUGGGUGUCAAGGAAGAAAAGCGUGUGUUUGACGGCUUCAAACAUUGGGAAGGUUCAAGCACCAUUGAUUGCUCUCCGGGGGUGAAACCAAAGGAAGAACCAGGAGUUCAGAUCAACACCAUGCAAGAAGACCUGUCCAAGCUGCUCAAUGUUAUCCCUUCCACCAUGCAGAUCCCAUCUGAUUGGUACAGUGAUAGUGGGGAAGUCUCCAAUGGGCAGUCUUCAGGAGUAACAGAUGAGAAUAUUGGAAUUGACAUGCAGCAUAUAGCUUCAUUGUUUCCUCUUGGUGCUACAACAGACCACAGCCACAGCAGAACUACCGGUUCCUGCUCUUGGGACAACUUGCCAGGAAUUUGCUAAGUCUGAUUCAAAGGCAUAAUUUAUUUGAAUUAAUCUCAUGUUUGAUCUUUCUUUUUUAUUUGGACUCAA